AUGACUCGAUUGGGGUGUUGGCUAGCGGUAGCCUCAUUGGUGGCCAUUUUUGGUCUCGCCCAAGCUGGUUCCAACUGUUCGGCUGCUGAUGCCACACGAAAUUGUAUUGAUGGAUUGAUUGUGCCGAUUUGGUAAGUGAAUAGGGAACGGGACAAGGGAUCGGGAGGGGUGAGAAAGGAAUUGGAAUUUUUGACAUGGCUUUCAAAAAUUCUAGAUAAUGACUGAAAGAUUUUUAAGCUUUGAAUAUCAAGAUUUUGAAUCCUUUCGAAGUUCGAAGAUAGGAGACUUCUGAAAAACAAUUUGAAGAUUUCAAUAAACCUUGAAGACAACACUUUCGAUCUAAUUUUGGGAUCUGAAAUUUAUGAAUUAAAUUUUUUGGUCCAAAAUUUCCAGCCCUGAAUUUUUUUUUCAAAGUUUAUGUUUCACUUUUUCCAAAAACAAAAAUAUUCUCUAUUCAAAUACUUCUAAUUUGGGUUCUGAAAAAAUAACUGCUUUCAGAGAACUUUCAAAAUAAAAUUCACAAAUUUAAAAAAAUCUUCAAAAUUUCCCAAAAACAAUAGAUCAAUUUUUUGAGACUCGGGUUAAAAAAGUUCAAAAUAGCCUAACCCCAAUAUUCCCUAAUGACGUCAGAGUUCCAAAAACAACCAAAAAUAAACCAAAAAAUGUCUAAUAAUCAAAUAAAAUCUAGCGUUUUUGUCUCUCGUAGUUUAACAAAAAGAUUAAUGUGUGUUGAUUUAUGUCACACACAAAAUUAUUUGAAAUUGCAAAAAAAAAAUUGAUACGCAUUUAAAAAUAUUUCCUGGAGAACAAAAAAUGAAUGAAAACAUCUGGAAAUAACACAUGUUUUUCAAGCAUUUAACACAAGACUUUUAUUUGCAGGCGACCAUUCUUGGAUUUAUCAUCAGCCGAUCGAAUUUUCCGUGGAGUUAUAUACUUUUUCAUCAUCGCUUAUAUGUUCUUGGGAAUUUCGAUUGUCGCCGAUCGAUUCAUGAGUUCAAUUGAAGUUAUCACAUCAAUGGAACGAACGAUUGUAGUUAAACGACCUGGGUUAGAACCAAUGUCUGUACAAGUUCGAAUUUGGAAUGAUACCGUUUCGAAUUUGACUUUGAUGGCUCUUGGUUCAUCUGCCCCUGAAAUUCUUCUUUCGAUUAUCGAAGUAAGCAUUAUUGGAAUUUUUGAAAACAUUUAAGAGUGUUUUCAAAUCAUAUUCUGAACUCCCACACUUUUUUUCCAAUUUAUUUUGAUCUUUCCUAGGUUAUUGCCCGUGGUUUCGAAGCCGGAGAUCUCGGACCAAACACCAUUGUCGGUUCAGCCGCUUUCAAUUUGUUCAUGAUUAUCGCCAUUUGCGUUGUCGUUAUUCCAAAAGGCGAAAUUCGUCGUCAAAAACAUUUGGAUGUAUUCUGUGUAACUGCCACGUGGUCAGUCUUUGCCUACGUUUGGCUCUAUAUGAUUUUGGCUUUCUUCUCACCAGGAGUUAUUGAGAUCUGGGAAGGUCUUGUUACUUUUGCAUUCUUCCCAUUGACUGUUUUGACUGCUUAUAUUGCUGAUAUCAAGAUUAUCCAAGUGAGACUUUUGAUUUAUAAGAACAAAAUAAUUUUUAAAAAAUAAUUCAGACCAAAUUCCUUCCACACAAAUAUCGUCGUGGAUCACACGGUCAAAUGAUUGCCACUGAAGCUGAAGAAAUGAAAAUGCUCGAAAAUGGAUUACCACAGGCAAUUACUGAUUUCAGCGGGGAGGUAAAGCAAAUGAUGGAAUCACGACUAUUUUUGGUCAAGUUUAACCACUUCUAUGAUCAUCUUUGCCUUACCUUCUUUCUUUUUAACAAUUUUGAACCGUAAUCUUUUGCGUCAGCGACACUUUUUAUCAUUUUGGUAGCCACCUGGAUUAUUUUUACGUAAAUAACCUGGCUUCUGAAGUGAUAGCCUACGCGGAAGUUUGCGGCUCUCACUUUGCUCAUUUCUAACAUAAAUCCAAAAUUAUAAUUUUACAGGGAGGUGUUGACCCAGCAAUCAAGGCUUUCGAAGAGCAUCGUCAAGAAUUUAUCGAAUUGAUGCGCGAAAUUCGCAAACAAAAUCCACAUAUUACCCCAACCGAAUUGCAAAAACAAGCCGAAUACGAAAUGAUCUCACGUGGACCAAAAUCCCGUGCAUUCUAUCGUGUUCAAGCCACCAGAAGACUCAUCGGAGGUGGAGAUAUUGUUAAGAAACGUAUCGACAAAGAGCAUAAUAAGGCUCUUGAUGCUGUGAGUUACACUAUUAAUUGAGAUGUCAAAUACUUACAGGGAUGAAAAUAUACUUAUGGAAAUGUAUUUAGAUUAGAAAUCACAAACUAUUACAAAAAAACUAAAAUUAAAAUAUAAAUCAACAAAAAUAAUCGAGUGUUGCUCGAGUACUAACCUAACUUACAUUAACUUGUGCUCAAUUUCAGUUGGUACAGGCACAAGAGAAAACACAUCGCGACAACACUUGCAAGAUCUAUUUCGAUCCAGCUCAUUACACUGUUCUCGAAAAUGUUGGAAGUUUCAACGUCGUCGUUGGAAGGUUUGCCUUUUUUGUAAAGAAAACAAAAUAUUUUAACAAAUCUUUUGCAGAGAUGGUGGACCAGAAGGCCUCACUGUUAUGGUUGAUUAUUACACCGAAGAUGGAACCGCCAAUGCUGGAAGUGAUUAUGUUCCAGUCAAAGGGAACUUUGACUUUCUACCCAGAGGAUAAGCACCAGGUAUUUACAUUUGGGAGUAGGAAUAGUAGCAGAUUGUUUGUCUACACCACUUAAAUCCAACAAUGGAGACCUGUGCUAAUAACUACAAAUAAUAGUAGUAAUGAAGAGGAUUGGGAUUUGAGGAGGGAAAAUAGGAAAAAGGAGAAAAGAUGAGAAUGAAUGAGGGUAGACAGUUUACACGACAAAAUAAACAUCAUCGUGUAGUUUGGUUUAAAGUGAAACAUUUCGAUUCUGUAAAAUAUAUAAAUGGGGUUUGUCAAGAAGUUAUUGGAGCAAAAAAAUUGAAAGAAAGGGGGAUUCCUACCGUAACCAGGGGCCACCCUUAGAAAGUCACGCUGAAUCUUAAAACAAAAAUUUCAAUGAAUUUUUUGUUGCGAAAAUUUCAGGAAGUACUCUCUCAAACCAGACUUUAAAAAUUAAGAAAAAAAAAAUCUUGAAAUUAAUUUUGGAUUUUUAAUUUUCAACGUGUUUUUCUGUCGUGGCCAUUCUCUUUUCAUUUUCAAAAGUUCUACAACCCCUAACAUUUAUUCUCGCUUCCAGAAAAUCAAUAUCGAAGUUGUCGAUGAUGAUGUUUUCGAAGAGGAUGAACACUUCUAUCUCCACCUUCGCAAUCUCCGUGUUCGCACCAAAGACGGACUUAUCCUUGACCCAUCAAGAAUCGGAGGUCUUCCAGUCGCUCAACUCGAAAUGCCAGCCACCGCCACAAUUAUGAUUCUCGAUGACGAUCACGCAGGAGUCUUCGGAUUCGAACAUGAUCAUUUCGAAAUUGUUGAAAACUGCGGACAUUUGUCACUCAAAAUGCAAAGACAUUCCGGUGCUCGUGGUAAAGUUGUGAUUCCAUUCAGAACCGUUGAAGGAAGCGCCACUCCAGACAAACAUUUUGAACACAAAGAAGGUGAAAUUGUAUUCGAAGAUAAUCAAACUGAAGCAUUCAUUGAUAUUGGAAUUGUUGAUACUGAACAAUACGAGAGAGCUGAUUCAUUCUUCAUUGAAUUGUCGCCACCAAUUUGGGCCAAGAAAAUGAACGGUAAGCGAUUAUGUUUUCCAUAUGAAUAUUCCCUAAACCCACACACACUUUGCUUCCUUCUUCUAUUCAUUAUUUUUCAACGAAACAAAAAACAAAUCCACUAUUUGUUGUGUGUGUAAAUCUAUCUCUGUCAAGUAUUCACUUUUUUCUUAUUGUUUUUUUUAAUUCACACAGAUUUGACCAAAGUCCAAGAACGAUUCCAACGUCGAAUGGAACGAAAACGUGGAUCAUCUGUUGCUUCAGAAUCGAAGGAUUCGACAACCGAUCAGGGUAGGUGAUGUAGUUCAGUGAACUUGAAAAUGUAGCAGUGUUCGAAACUUCCUUAUUUUCCUUUCCCGUUUUCAAGAAAUUCCCUUUUAACAUGGAUUAUGUAUAAAUAUAAACAGAAAGCGACUCUCGAGAUCUUAUAAAACGAUAUGAUAGUGGUAAGAUAAAUAUAUAUAUAUAUUCAGUUCAGUGAUUUGUCAAUUCACGGUUAUUAGGCAUGAAACAAUUUCGGGCACUUUACAAUAAAAAAAUCAAAAUUUCAUUUCAAAACUUUCAUAAAUCAAAAACAAUCACCUCUAUCAUUUAGUUGAACCUUUAACAAUCUCCCACACUUUUCCCUUUUCUAAUAAAUCCAGCACAGACUCAACAACCGGUGUCUCCAACAAUAAAUCAUCUCGUGCCGGAAGUGUUGAUCAUUUACACCCAGCUCGUUCAAAUUCACCUCACCUCACAACACGUUUUCGUAAUCGGCUUGGUUCAUGGAUUGCUGGAAUGAAAGGGGGUACUGUAUAGAUUGAUUGAUGUUUGCAUGAAAUAGCUAGCUUCGCACUAACAACAACAUUUUGCUUAUUUUUGACGGCUGAUUUUUGUGCUGUUUUGUGAAAUGUUGGGAACCUAAUAUCGAUUUUUUAGGAGAUGAGGAACUCGGAACCGGUUUGACACCAUCGCAAUUAGAAAUUGCGGAGAUGGGUAAACCAAGAUUGGGAGACAUCACCAAAUGUCAAAUCACAAUUCGUGAAAGCAAAGAAUUCCAAGGAAUUGUUGAUCGAAUGAUCAAGAAUGCCAACACAAGAAUUAUGUUGGGAACUAGUUCAUGGAGAGAACAAUUCGCUGAGGCUUUGGUUAGUUGUUUUUUUGAAUUUUGAAGAACUUAAGAGUUGAAAUUGUUCCAUCCUAAUUUUAUUUUAUGAUAAUACGGAAACCAAAUUCACUUCUAUGAGCCAUCUUGAAUUUUUCAGAUUGUCUCUGCUGGAGAUGACGAUGACGAUGAUGAAGAUGAAGAAGGAGGAGAUGACGAGAAGGAACCACAAGAACCAUCGUGUAUGGAUUAUUUCAUGCACAUUCUCACAGUUCCAUGGAAACUCACCUUUGCUACAAUUCCACCAACAGAUUAUCUUGGUGGAUGGGCCACUUUUGUUGUUGCUAUUUUCAUGAUCGGUGUUUUGACAGCCGUCGUCGGAGAUCUCGCUUCACAAUUCGGUUGCUGGGUUGGAUUAAAGGAUGCCGUCACCGCUAUCUCAUUCGUUGCUUUGGGAACAUCAGUUCCAGAUACAUUUGCCUCAAAAGUUUCAGCUGUUCAAGAUAAAUAUGCUGAUAAUGCUGUAGGAAACGUUACUGGUUCAAAUGCAGUCAAUGUUUUCUUGGGAAUCGGUAUCGCUUGGUCAAUGGCAGCCAUUCAUCAUUGGUAUCACGGAAGCGUAUUCGCUGUUGAUCCAGGAAAUCUUGGUUUCUCAGUGUUGAUCUUCUGUGUCGAAGCCCUUAUUUGUAUCGCGGUUCUUGUUGCGAGAAGAUCGGAACGAGUUGGUGGAGAAUUAGGAGGACCAGUUGGAUUGAAAUGGUUGACAGCAGCAUGUUUCGCGAGUUUAUGGUUCAUUUAUUUGUUAUUGUCAGCUCUUGAAGCCUAUUGUAUCAUCCCAGGAUUCUAG